AUGUCGGUACCGGUGGGACUGCUGGGACAUUCGCCAUUGAAAUUGAAAAAACUUAGGGUGAGUGAAAAAAAAUUUUUUUUGAUUUUUAUCUAACAAGGUAAGUACUCCAAGUGCGACGCUCAGAUUUUGAUGAAACUUGGCACAAAUUUAGAAUAAUUUUUUCUAAGAUAUACGCGAGAAUCCUAGCUCGCGCUUUGCAGAAACAACCGAGAUUUUUAGAUCGAAAGUCGGCCAAAACUUAUGACUUUUUGCCGAAUUUCGGCACGAAAAGUUUCAUGCCUAUGUCUACCGUAAAGGAUAAUGUUUCUACAAAAAAUUAAAUUUUUCCGCACGAAACUGCCAACGUUAUGGCCAAAAAGCUGUUUUUUCUCUGACCGCUCUCCACGUUUAGCGUGCUCUCUCGGCGGCAAAAAUCGUUCGAUACUACUAGUCGUUCCAGAAAGUGCGUGCACUUUUUGUCGUGGGCCGCACUGUGCACAAAAUUGCCUUCUUGCGGGGUGCAUUUGACCUUUUGCACCGUGCAAUUGCAAUGUCGCAGCGACGUAGGCUUUUCUCAACGGAGCCGGCGCGAAUUUUUAGAAAUUGCACAGUGCAAAAGGUUUCGAAAAGGAUCGCGUCGCGCGGGGAACACGAAACUUGCACUGUGCGGUCCGAAAAAAAGGCGGAAAAAGGUGCACGCACUUUCUGGAACGACUAUUACGCUUUUUCAAAAGUGCAGACACAUUUUCCGGCCUUUUUUGCACCGCACAGUGCAAGUUUCGUGUUCCCCGCGCGACGCGAUCCGAUUCGAAACAUUUUGCACUGUGCAAUUUCAAAAAAUUCGCGCCGGCUCCGUUGAGAAAAGCUUGCGUCGCAGCGAUAUCCGGUUGCACAGUGCAAAAGGUCGAAAUGCACCCCGCAAAAGGGAGUUUUGUGCACGGUGCGGCCCACGACAAAAUGUGUCUGCACUUUUGAAAAAGCGUAAUAGUACUAAUCGCGCUCAAAAGUCCUGACAAUUUUCGCACCGUGCGAAAUUUUGGGUUUUGGACGUCGCCCCUGCAAAUUCGGGUUCGUCGCGCGCAAAAGUGCAUGUCGCUAGUGAAAAAAAGGGAAAUUGCGGCGACAAAUGCGAAAUGAAAGAAGAAUGCACAGUGCGAAAGUUCGGUUUUUGGACGUCGCGCCCUCAAAUUCGGGUUUGUCGCGCGCAAAAGUCCAGGUCGCUGCGAAAAGAUGCACUGUGCGGAUGAAAUGAAAGAAGAAUGCACGGUGCGAAAAUUGUCAGGACUUUUGAGCGCGAUUAGUACUAGUCGCGCCAUAAAGUCCUGACACAUUUUGCACCGUGCGAAAGUUCGGGAUUUGGACGUCGCGCCCCCAAAUUCGGGUUUGUCGCGCGCGAAAGUGCACGUCGCUAGCGCAAAAACGGGAAAUCGCGGCGACAAAUGCGAAAUGAAUGAAGAAUGCACGGUGCGAAAGUUGGGUUUUGCACGUCGCUAGUGCAAAAAGGGGAAAUCGCGGCGACAAAUGCGAAAAGAUGCACAGUGCGGAUGAAAUGAAAGAAGAAUGCACGGUGCAAAAUGUGUCAGGACUUUAUGUCGCGACUAGUACUAGUCGCGACGUAAAGUCCGUAGAAUUUUUCGCGGCCCCCAAAUCCCGUCGCACCCCGAAAUGUCGAUUUGUCGCUGAGAAAAAUGGGAAUCGCGCGCGACAAUAAGGCAAAAUCAACAAAAUUGCACAGUGCAAAAUGUGUUUUCGGGUGAAUGCACAGUGCAGAAAAUUCUACGGACUUUAUGUCGCGACUAGUACUAGGCGGGCCAAAAAGUCUUGACAUGUCUGCACAGUGCGCCGUCGUGCAUGAAAUUUAUCGCGCGGCGACAAGAAAAAUUUACGGUGCAAUGCGACACCGCACAGUGCAAAAAGGUUGUUUUGAAAAGGGUAAACAACGCACAGUGCGUUCUUCGUUCGCACCCCGCCAAAGGUUUUAUCGCGCGACACCUCGUCGCGACACUGGAUUCAUGCGCCCGCACGGUGCGAAAACAUGUCAAGACUUUUUGGCCCGCCUAGUAGUCCUUCCGUAAAGUCGCUGGAAUGAUUUCGGCGACGCGCACUGUGCAAGAAAACUCAGGGUGCGAGCGACGUCCCAAAAAAGCUUAUUGCACUGUGCAAAAAGCCAAAAAUUGCACAGUGCAAAGUGAACUUUCGUUUUCGCGGAGUGCAUGUCGCCGAAAACAUUCCAGCGACUUUACGGAAGGACUAGUAUCUCGGCGGCGCCCGCAAAGCGCGAGCUAAAACUUUCAGGAAUUGAUAUUUAGUCCAUACCCGACGUGUGUGCAAAAUUUAAAGGAAAUCUGAGCGUCGCACUUCGAGUACUUCCCCUGUAAACAUUUCAAAAAAAAAUUUAAAAAAAUUUUUCGGAACUUUUUCAAAAUAAAAAAAAUAUUCUUUUUAACAAAAAAUUUUUUUCAAAAAAUAUUGUAAACCCAACAAAUUUCUCGUUUCAGUACAUUGUUUUUGGUUUCCUUUUAUUCGACGUAGUUUACGGAGCAGCAUUAUGUAUAUUUGUCGCCCAAUUCGUCCAAAUUAUCAGCAAUUUCGGUGCUUUCUGGCUGGUUUAUGUGGUCAGCACGAUUGUCGCGAUGUAUGCGGCGUGUGGCAACCGAGAAUGGCUGUUUUAUCCGGUGCUGGUUUUUGUGGUAAGUGAGUCAAAAAGUUAAAAGACAGGGUUGAGUUAAUCAGGGAAGUACUCCAAAUGCAACGCGCAGAAUUUCUUCAAAUUUUGUACAUUCAUUAGACAUAGGCCACAUUCCAAUUCCUGCAAAUUUUGGCUUGAACUUUACCGGGACAGCUGAGAUAUUCAACGAUCUUUGCGGCAGAGAGAGUGCACUAAACGCGGAAAGUGGUCAUAGAGAAGAGCACUUUUUGGCUAUAUCUUUCUCAGUUUGGCAUAGAAAAAAUUGAUUUUUUGAGGAAAUAUUACCCUUUACCGUAGAAAUAGCCAUGAAACUUUUGAUGACAAAAUUCGCAAAAAGGUAUCAUGUUUUUUAAAAACUUUUGGCCUAAAAAUCUCGGACGUUUUUGCAAAACGAAAGCUGGGAAUCUCACAUAUUUGUUACAAAAAAAUUUAUUCUAAAUCUGCGCCAAAUUUCAUCAUAAUCUCAGGGUCACACUUGGGGUAUAAGUCUGCCGGGAAAAUAAUGAACAACUCUGUCGCAUUAAAAAUUUCGUUUUUCGCAACCGAGAAAAAAGAAUUGUGUCGCGGCAAAAUCAGAAUUACUUUUCACUUUAGCAAUGCGAUUGGAAAAGCGACAUUGCGCUCAUUAUUUUCCCGACAGAUUGAUAAUCUAAAUCUGUGCCAACUUUCAUCAAGAUCUGACGUUUCGGCGAUUUUCUUUGACCUAACUUUGCGGCUCAUAUCUCUGCCCUUAGGGGCUGCGCAGAGAUUUUACCGCUUGGGAAUGAUACUGAGUCCUACCCGAUCAAUUUGCACUACCCCUGGUUCAAAAAGCGAUCGACACCGAAAGCAAAUCGCUUUUCGUUCCCUUGUGAGCGUCACACCUGGAUUACUGUGAAUUUGACCGAAUUUUACAAAAUUUUCUUCAAAAAAACUGUUCUCUAUCCACUAUUUCUUUUAUAGGUGCCCUUUGUUUUCGGCACAUUGCUCGUCAUGAUGGCUGUAAUAGCGCAAUUGGGGAUUUGCUUCGCCAUGAAUGGUAAGUCAAACUCCAAUUUCACUUUUCUUUUGCCAUGCCUUUUUACUAAAAUUUCACCACCAUUUUAACCAUGAACUCGCUUUUCAACUUGUCUUUGCAUGCUCUAGGCAAUGUGCGAAUGCCGAGUCCUUUCUUAGAGUGCGCGCAAUCCAUGGACCUGCAGACGCGGCUCUCGUUCCUGGCCAUCCUGAUGUUCUCUACCUUCAUUUUGGUGGAAAAGGUGUUGGAAUUCGUCGCGAUUCGACGAUUGAUGCGAUUAGUUCGAGAGGAAAAGGCGACCGAUGGGCGCGUUGGACUGGUGGGAAGGUCGUUCUCGAACCUCGGAACGAAUGUUUUCAACAAGAACGCUCGGAUUCAGGGAGAACCCUCGGGCGUUGUGGUGCGGGAGGUUCGAGAUAGCGAUGACGAUGUGAGUUGGGGGUAAAAUACGACAAUACAUAUAGAGCAUUAAUUCCACCAAGUUUGGGCAAAAAUAAGUCUAACCAAGUUUUCGUGGUGGGACCAAAAACUAAAAAAAUCAUCGUUGUAUGAUUUGAAAAAUCAAUGUAAAGUACGUUUAAAACUGUCAUGUGGAUAAAAAUAUGGAUACCUUAUGUUACAUCGAGCAGUAAAAAAUAUUGCAAUAGAUGUCUUUGAACUGCGCCAAGAUUUACAGGAGUCCUAGAAUCCCAGUAUUUGUAUGACAAUAAGAGUUAGCGGUAAAAUACAUUGAUUGCAGUCAAGUUCUGUCAAUGCGCAAUAAUAGAAAAAAAGCAAUUUUCGUGGUGGGACCAAAAAUUCGUAAAACGUUUGUGUUAUGACUUGACAAUGUAAAAUACGCGACCUCUACCCUGCGCCUUGUAACUGCCCAUCAUCUCUUUGUCAUGGUUCAGAAACUGCACCAAUUUUGCGACAUUUUGCUGCGACGAUAGCUUAAUCGUAUCAACUGAAUUAAAGAUUGUAAAAUACGGAGCAUUUUUUUGGUUUUUGGUCUAAAAAUAUGUCUUUUAGGAUAUUCUAUGCUAAUCCCAAAAACUUUUUUCGCACUGUACGAUUUCAUAAUUUUUUGAAAACUGCACCGUGCGGAAACCUCUAAAGGCAAAUUUUUUUUUGUUCUACAAAAAUGGUCUUUGAGCCUUAGACCAUGCAUUCCCAAUGCGCAUACUGGCCAUAUUUUUCACUUCAUUUUUUUCAGUUAGUAGUCUACCGAAACAGCACCGCCUCCGUUGAGCCGGAGACGUUGCCGGUCCCGAAACAAACACCCCCUCCUCUGACUCCGCCCCCUGCUUACGAACCCAAAGAAAAUAAAGUGGAAAGUCUGGACACUCCCACGGAUUCGAUCAACGAACUCCCGCUCAACUCCAAAAGCAAACGGACCAUCGAAUAA